AUGUUGUCAGAACUUCAACGAGGCUCACCACUGAUAGGCGCUCUUGGAACGAUAUUUGAGAAUUCAAGGCCGAAAAACCAAAGGAGUGCGGACCAAAAGGAGGCGGAUAAGCGUCAAAAAGAGGAGCAACGUCUUAUUGACACGGCCGAACCAUUGACGGAGGAAGAGCAACAAGAGAAAAAUGACUUACUCACUCAAGGAUUGGCUAAUUGGAGUAAACGUGAUUUCACAGCUUUCAUUAGGGCAAACGAGAAGUAUGGUCGUCAUGAUAUCGAUAACAUUGCAAAUGAGAUGAUUGAGACAAAGUCUCGAGAUGAGAUCGAGUAUUACGCGAAAAUAUUCUGGGAACGGUUCGAGGAACUACAAGAUCAUGAGAAAAUCCUUGCUCAAAUUGAGAAGGGUGAGGCAAGAAUUCAACGACGACAGUCCGUUAAGCGUGCUCUAGACGCUAAAAUCGCGAAGUAUAAGGCCCCUUUCCAUCAGUUGCGUAUUGCGUAUGGUACUAACAAAGGAAAGACUUACACUGAAGAAGAGGACAGGUUCCUUGUGUGUGAACUGCAUCGGCUAGGCUUCGACAAAGAGACAGUCUACGAAGAGUUGAGACAGUCGGUUCGAAUGGCGCCCCAGUUCAGAUUUGACUGGUUCAUAAAAAGCAGAACUGCCAUGGAAUUGCAACGGCGUUGCAAUACGUUGAUCACAUUAAUUGAAAAGGAAAUGGGAGAAACAGAAGUGAAACAUCGUACAAAGAAAGAUGCGAAGGACAAAGCAAGUGCCCCAUCAGAAGCUGGCGGUUCAACACCUUCGAAGGCAAUGUCCGGCAAGAAAAUGGGGACGACCGAAGGCGAAAUAAGUUCAUUCUCAUUCUUCAUUCUUUUUACGAUAUGUUCUCAUUCCCUCCUAUAG